AACAGGCCGAGCUGGGUCCAUUUCCUCACUGCUUUGUCUUGAGGACGCAAUGAUGCCGAAGAAAGCAAAGCCCACAGGGAAGGGGAAGGAAGAGGGAUCUGUUCCCUGUAAGCAGUUGAAGAUGGAGGCAGCUGGUGGACCCUGCUCCACUUUGAAUUUUGAAAGCCCCAGUGAUCUCUUUGAAAGUUUAAUUUCCCCCAUCAAGACAGAGACUUUCUUCAAGGAAUUCUGGGAGAAGAAGCCCCUUCUCAUUCAGAGAGAUGACCCUGCAGCGGCCACAUACUACCAGUCUCUGUUCAGGCUGUCAGAUCUGAAGAUUCUGUGCAGCCGGGGUAUGUACUAUGGAAGAGACGUGAAUGUUUGCCGCUGUGUCAACGGGAAGAAGAAGGUUUUAAAUAAAGAUGGCAAAGUGCACUUCCUUCAGCUGAGAAAAGAUUUUGACCAGAAAAGAGCAACAAUUCAGUUUCACCAACCUCAGAGAUUUAAGGAUGAGCUUUGGAGGAUCCAGGAGAAGCUAGAAUGCUACUUUGGCUCCUUGGUUGGCUCGAAUGUGUAUAUAACCCCUGCAGGAUCCCAGGGCCUCCCACCCCAUUAUGAUGAUGUGGAGGUCUUCAUCCUGCAGCUGGAAGGAGAGAAACACUGGCGUCUCUACCAUCCGACUGUGCCCCUGGCCCGGGAGUACAGCGUGGAGUCCGAGGACAAGAUUGGGAGGCCGACCCACGAGUUCACGUUGAAGCCAGGUGAUUUCCUGUACUUUCCCAGAGGGACCAUUCAUCAAGCGGACACUCCUCCAGGGCUGGCCCACUCCACUCACGUGACCAUCAGCACCUACCAGAACAAUUCGUGGGGAGAUUUCCUUUUGGACACCAUUUCAGGGCUUGUAUUCGACACUGCCAAGGAAGAUCUGGAGUUCCGGGCUGGCAUACCCCGGCAGCUGCUCCUGCAGGUGGACGCCAUGGCUGUUGCGAGGAGAAGGUUAAGUGGCUUUCUGAGGACCCUUGCCGACCGGCUGGAGGGCACCAAAGAGCUGCUUUCAGCUGACAUGAAGAAGGAUUUUGUUAUGAACAGACUCCCCCCUUACCAUAUGGGAGACCCAGCGGAGCUUUCAACACCAGGUGGACAGUUACCAAGGUUGGACAGCACAGUGAGAUUGCAGUUCAAAGACCACACCAUCCUCACAGUAGGGCCGGAUCAGGAUCAAUCUGAUGAAACUCAGAAAAAGAUGGUUUACAUCUAUCAUUCCUUGAAGAAUAGGAGAGAGACACACAUGAUGGGAAAUGAGGAAACAGAGUCCCAUGGACUUCGCUUCCCUUUAUCACAUAUGGAUGCACUGAAGCAAAUUUGGGACCACUCAGCUAUUUCUGUCAAGGACCUGAAACUUACCACCGAUGAGGAAAAGGAAAACCUGGUGUUAUCCCUCUGGACAGAAUGCUUAAUCCAGGUAGUCUAGUGCCUUCCCAGAAUCCAGGGUGUACUGUCUCACAGAUACACACAUACGCAAAGAAGAGCAAUGAUUGAUGUGGUGCUUUGAGUCAGUCAACUGGGACUGACCUGGUCUUACAACAAUUUUCCUCACCUGUGUUACUAAUAACAUGAGCCGUACCUGUUUCAGGGAGUUAGGCACACAGAAGAAAGGUGUCUCAGUAACAAAACCGUACUUUUGGCAAACUCAUUUAUUCCAGUGUGGUAGAAAAGGCACAACUCCAAUAAAUGUAUCAUUGAAAGUUAAAGGUCGUUACCUGGCUUUGUCGUU